CUAAAACAUAACACAGUGCAAACGAACCAAACCAAACCACCCACAGAUAACAGUACAUACAAUGCAAGCGUCGUCAGGCAGGCCGGGUCAAUAACAAUCGGGCAGGUAGGUACAGGGGGAGCAAGCAGAGAAUGGUCGGGGUCACAGGCCAGGUUCAGCAGGUAGCAAGCAGCGUAGUACAGAGGGUCAGGCAGAGGGAUGGUCAGGGUCACAAGCCAGGGAUCAAAACAGGUAACAAGCAGCGUAGUACAGAGGGUCAGGCAGAGGGACAGAAACAGGAUGCAGGACAGAUACAGGGCCCAGGACAAACACAACACCAAGGCAGAGUCUGUGGGUCUGGCCAU